AUUGACAAAUAUCAGUAUAAUCCACAAACACACAUUCACGUGCACACACCCCCAUUUGUAGGGGUAUAUAGGACCAGUCAGUAGGUUUGUUCAGUGGAUCUUCUCUCGUCCUACUUACCAUCACCAUGGCUUCCAGAUACCUAGACACGAUCCUGCUUCUCUGCUGCAUUGUGACCAUGUUGAGUUCAACCUCAGCAGCAUGUGAGUUUACCUGGUAACCAAUUUACCACUUUACCUAUUUAACAGUUUACCCAUGUAAAUUGACCAGUUUUUUUUUUUUUUUUUUUUUUACCAAGGUCUGAUAAGAUCUAGCUGUGAGACCUGCCAACUCUGUUUUGGGGUCAUAUUGUUAGAUCAGAUAUUGAGAAGCCUUGAAAUACAUAUUUUACAUUAAUGUUCUUGUGGUCUGAAUUGAUGUGGCCUGUGGCUGACUGAUGUGUGUGCUUGUAUGUGUUCAGAUGGCCCUAGGAAACUUUACUGUUGUGUGGAGUACCAGGAGAAGCCUAUACCCUACCAGCAGAUAAAAGGCUACAAACAACAGAGUUACAAGGAGGUGUGCAACAAUGAUGCUAUCAUGUAAGCCCUGCACGAUGUAUAUACACACACAAAGUUACCUUACUCUCAAUAUGUAUUCUCAUAUUUGUAAUCUCUAUGAGGUUGAAGGUUAAGUGUGUUUUCUGUUGUAGCUUCUAUACCGCGAAGAACAAGAAGGUAUGCGCCAGCAUUAAGGACGAGUGGGUGAGGACGGCUCUGGCUCAUCUCAGGUACACACACACUCUCCUCUUAAGACACAAAGCGUUCUCAUUCAACUACACACACCAAAAUGUCUCAGAGCUACAAGUACACCAAAUCUCACUUACAGAAGCAUUUCAAGGCUGGAUGUCAAUGAAACAUGCCAUACAGGUUUUACGCAAUGUCUUCAUGUACAAACUACUGUCUUCUAGCACACUUGCUCUGAAAAAGAAAAUUAUCUAAGUCUGCUUCAGACUCAAAUGAGUUUCAUAUUAUGUGUUAUGUGCAGCUCCAAACUGAAGAAGAUGUCCGCAACAACACUGUGAUGGCCAAAACCCCCAACCCCACUCUGAAAGGCACAUUCACCCACAGCGACACAACUUUCUCCAAUCGCAACACAACAUUCUCCAACAGCACCGUAACAUUCAACAUCACCAGUAACAACACCAUUCAGUAAUGUGGCCAAAUGAUGCAGAUUUAAUGCAUUGCAUAUCUGAGGAUUGCCAUUGUUGAUGAUUGUACUUUAUUCAUGCUCAAGCUUUCAGGUAUCUUCUGAACCCACAAUGUAAGCUAAUUAAGUCAACUGCUUCAAUUAGUUAUAUUUUUCUGCAUUCCAUGUUUUAUAUUUGUUUAUUUUAAGGCCUGCAGAAAUAAA